UUUCAACAACGCCAAAUGUCACGGGAUUCCGCACGGUUGCUUUUUUUUCAAUUUUCCCACGCGAUUUUCUUUACAGACCGAUGUGAAUAAUUACACCUGACGCGUAUAAUCGUGGGGUGAGAGAGAAAAACUAAUAGCAAAAAUGAUGACCGACGUGGGUGAGGCCGAGACGGCUGAGGUUCACUUAGGAACCGAGCGGGAGGAAUGUAUUAUUCAUUCUUCGUUAGUGAGGAUGUGAUGGAUUUCACAGAGGCUGUGGAAAAGUUGGCAGAGGGUCUCUUGAGCAUUUAUCAGCCUCCGUUGGAGCAAGUUAAGAAAGAACUCUUGGAAUUAACAAGUAAACAAGAGACUCUCCUAGCCCAAAUGCAAUCCGAAAACAAAAAGAUAAACGAAACAUUUGAAGACGUAGAUUUAAAUGAUAUGUUUGCGACUAUUAAAGUUUAUCAAGGGAAGUUAGCAUCAAUAAGAAAAGAAAUGAUCAAUAUUCAUGAGAGGACUUCUAAGUUGAAGAAACGUGCGUUACGUCUGCAACAAAUAAAGCAGAAAGAAGCGUUAAACAAAGAGCAGCAACGCGAACAAGAAUUACGCAGAGAACAAGAGUUAAUUGCCAGGCCUAUGACUAAUUAAGAGAGCAUGUAACUUUUAAAGAUAAAAACUAAUAGCUCUUAUAUAAGUGGAAGUGGAAGUUCUAUGAGAGAAAAAUAUGUACAUGUAUAUACAUAUAGAAUAUAAAAAUGCUGUGAAUUUAUAUAUAUAACUAUCGUUUACAAUAAAGAAUAUGUGGGGAAAUUA